AUGUGGAUUUCGAAACUUAUAAUUUUUUCUGUAUUCGUCGCCUUCGUAGCGGCUCAGAAAUGUAAUAUAACGAGGACUAGAAGAGUUAAUGGAAAACGUGUGAAAAUCACAACGUUGGAGUGCUGCAAAGACUAUAGAAAACUUGCAACCCCUGAUUUAAGAUGCGUUCCUAUUUGUAAAACCGCUUGCGGAAGCGGCAGAUGUACAAAACCAAAUGUGUGCACUUGCAACAAGAACUAUGUGAACCUUAACAAUGUUAAAUCUAAUCGUUGUGUGCCAUACUGCAAGGGCUGCAGUCGAGGAUCAUGCCUGUCUCCAGGACGCUGUGUCUGUACCAGCGGCCAUCUGCAGGAUCCAAAAACCGGCGACUGUGUUCCCCAGUGUCGCAGUGGUUGCCCCAAUGGCGUUUGCAAAGCGCCAGACCAAUGCAGCUGCAAUCAAGGAUACUCGCUGAAUGCCACCGACCAGGUGUGCCUGCCUAUCUGUAAGGAAAACUGCAGGCGGGAAAACGGCUUCUGCGCGGCACCCGAUCGCUGCGAGUGCAAUCCGGGCUAUGUGCCAAAACCAAAUUCAAAUAAGUUCGCUUGCCAGCCGGUCUGCAAAAAUGGUUGCCAGAACGGUGUGUGCCGAGCGCCCGAUGUCUGUGAAUGCAAUAAAUUAUUCCGGAAAGACGCCGAUAAGAAUUGUGUUCCCAUCUGCGAAGACGAAUGCGUGAACGGAAAGUGUACGGCUCCGGAUGUCUGUCAAUGUUUGCCUAAAUAUACUAAAGUCGGCCGAAAUGUCUGUCUGCCGGUUUGUUCAAAAGGCUGUAUAAACGCAGACUGCACGGCGCCGGAGGAGUGCACUUGCCACCCAGGAUACAUCAAACGAGAAGGCGUCUGCUCUCCGGUGUGCGAAGAUGGUUGCGAGAACGGAUCCUGCUUGGCGCCCGGCAAGUGUUCCUGCAAUGACGGAUAUGAGAAGAAUAGUGGAAACAAGUGUGUUCCAGCUUGCAAAAAUGGAUGUGAGAACGGAUUCUGCGCUUCGCCCAACAAAUGUUCCUGCAAUGAAGGAUAUGAGAUGAGUAGUGGGAACAAGUGUGUUCCAGUUUGCAAAGAUACAUGUGAAAACGGCUUUUGUAUGUCUCCCAAUAAAUGCUCCUGUAAUGCUGGAUACGAGAUGAAUAGUGGGCACAAGUGUGUUCCAGUUUGCAAAAAUGGAUGUGAGAAUGGAUUCUGUGUUUCGCCCAACAAAUGUUCCUGCAAUGAAGGAUAUGAGAUGAGUAGUGGGAACAAGUGUGCUCCAGUUUGCAAAAAUGGAUGUGAGAACGGAUUCUGUGUUUCGCCCAACAAAUGUUCAUGCAAUGAAGGAUAUGAUAAGAGUAGUGGGAACAAGUGUGUUCCAGUUUGCGAAGAUGGAUGUGAGAACGGAUUCUGUGUUUCACCCAAUAAGUGUUCCUGCAAUGGAGGAUAUGAGAUGAGCAGUGGGAACCAGUGUAUUCCAGUUUGCGAAGAUGGGUGUGAGAACGGAUUCUGUGUUUCACCCAAUAAGUGUUCCUGCAAUGAAGGAUAUGAGAUGAGUAAUGUGAACAAGUGUGUUCCAGUUUGCAAAGAUGGGUGUGAGAACGGAUUCUGUGUUUCGCCCAAUAAGUGUUCCUGCAAUGAAGGAUAUAGAAUGAGUAGUGGGAACAAGUGUGUUCCACUUUGCAAAGAUGGGUGUGAGAACGGAUUCUGUGUUUCACCCAAUAAAUGCUCCUGCAAAGAUGGAUAUAGAAUGAGUAGUGGGAACAAAUGUGUUCCAGUUUGCAAAGAUGGAUGUGAGAACGGACUCUGUGUUUCGCCCAACAAAUGUUCCUGCAAUGAUGGAUAUGAGAUGAGUCGUGGGAACAAGUGUAUUCCAGUUUGCAAAAAUGGGUGUGAGAACGGAUUCUGUGUUUCGCCCAAUAAGUGUUCCUGCAAUGGAGGAUAUGAGAUGAGCAGCGGGAACAAGUGUAUUCCAGUUUGUAAAGAUGGAUGUGAGAACGGAUUCUGUGUUUUACCCAAUAAGUGUUCCUGCAAUGAAGGAUAUGAAAUGAGCAUUGGGAACAAGUGUAUUCCAGUUUGCAAAGAUGGAUGUGAGAACGGAUUCUGUGUUUCGCCCAAUAAGUGUUCCUGCAAUGAAGGAUAUGAGAUGAGCAGUGGGAACAAGUGUAUUCCAGUUUGCAAAGAUGGAUGUGAGAACGGAUUCUGUCUUUUACCCAAUAAGUGUUCCUGCAAUGAAGGAUAUGAAAUGAGCAUUGGGAACAAGUGUAUACCAGUUUGCAAAGAUGGAUGCGAGAAUGGAUUCUGUGUCUCACCCAAUAAGUGUUCCUGCAAUGGAGGAUAUGAGAUGAGCAGUGGGAACAAGUGUGUUCCAGUUUGCAAAAAUGGGUGUGAGAACGGAUUCUGUGUUUCGCCCAAUAAGUGUUCCUGCAAUGAAGGAUAUGAGAUGAGUACUGGGAACAAGUGUGUUCCAGUUUGCAAAGAUGGAUGUGAGAACGGAUUCUGUGUUUCGCCCAAUAAGUGUUCCUGCAAUGAAGGAUAUGAGAUGAGCAGUGGGAACAAGUGUAUUCCAGUUUGCAAAGAUGGAUGUGAGAACGGAUUCUGUGUUUCACCCAAUAAGUGUUCCUGCAAUGAAGGAUAUGAAAUGAGUACUGGGAACAAAUGUGUUCCAGUUUGCAAAGAUGGAUGCGAGAAUGGAUUCUGUGUUUCACCCAAUAAGUGUUCCUGCAAUGAAGGAUAUGAGAUGAGCAAUUUUAUUUUCGAUGUGCGAACUGGAAAUUGUGUGCUGAAGAAGAAAAUGGUUCUCGACACGGAUUGCGACCAGUCCUGCUGGAAUGGAACCUGCUCGGAAGGAAUAUGUACGUGUGCGGACAACUACAAACUGCACCGUAAUGAAGGGGAUCACAGGCUAUUCUGUCUUCCAAUUUGCGAGCCCGAAUGCAUCAAUGGAUUUUGUGAGGCGCCUGGGACGUGUGCCUGUUUCGAUGGCGAAAGUCCAGACAAUGGUUAUGAUUGCCAAUCUUUAAAUUCGUCCGAAGCACUGAUUUUAAGGCGCAACAAAAUCAAGCACCUUAAGUGGCUUUUUAUUACAAUUGGUUUGUUGGCUGUCAUCUUGGCUAUUGUGAUUGUUAUGCUAAUGAUGCAUAUUUUUAAGAAACACAAUUAUCGAGUGGAUGAAAAAGAAAAAAAAUUUGGAGUCUAUUUCUCUGCAAACAAGGUGGAUAUAAUUCGACCCUGAUCUUCAACUGCGAAUCAGCACACUUCUCAUUUUACUAAAAGCUUGAAAUUAAAUUAAUAUUCAAGAGUUAAGGGUAUUGACUAAAAUUUUGCUAAGCCAAUUUAUUAUCACUACAAAUAUACAUAAAACUUAAAGAAA